AUGUCGGAAUUCUACUGGAAGUUCCUUCAUAAACACCUCGCGCCAAAGUAUUCAACCGGAGAUAAACGGAUUGGCUACACACUGUCUGAAGUGGCACAAGUAUUGGGAGCGGCGAAAGAGGCGUUGAAAAAGGACAACUCACUCAUCGAAAUGAACCCGCCAAUUGUGAUUGUCGGUGACAUUCAUGGACAGUACUACGACCUGCUGCGAAUGUUCAGCUUAUUCAACGACAAAGACCGUAAUGAACCCGUUAGUGGAACACUCACACAGAAGUAUCUUUUCUUGGGCGACUAUGUUGACCGUGGCUCGCGUUCUCUUGAAUGUAUCAUGCUUGUCUUUGUAUUGAAGAUCCUUUUCCCGAAAAAGUAUGGCUUAGUUCGAGGAAAUCACGAGUGUCGACCAAUCAAUCGAGUCUACGGUUUCUUCGAUGAGCUCCAAGAUAGGUUUGGGAAUGAAGAAGCUGAGGCGCUGUGGCAAACAUUCAACGAGACCUUUGCUUUAUUGCCACUGGCGGGACUAGUUGGAAAGAAGAUCUUCUGCAUGCACGGGGGAAUUGGCCCUAACAUUCACACCUUCGACGAUAUCCGUCAAAUUCAACGUCCACUCGAUGAUAUUAGCACUUCUCCAUUGGCAAUGGAUCUCUUGUGGGCUGAUCCAAUGAUUGAUUUGAUCGGAUUCAUGCCGAAUCAGGUGCGAGGAGUGUCCGUGUAUUUUGGCGAAAGCGAAGUGGUGAAAUUGUGCAAAUCUCUCAACAUCGACCUUAUCGUUCGGGCACACCAGAUGAUGCAAAAUGGUUAUGGGUUCUUUUGUGGAAGGAAAUUAAUGACGAUAUUUACUGCGCCUCGAUAUUUCCCGGAGAGGAACAACAAGGCCGCCGUGUUGGUUGUGGAUGAAAAUGGGAAAUGCUCGAUUAAAGUCUUGCUGCCCUGCGAUGAGAUCAACACCGGAGAGAAAGCCUUCCGAAAGGAAUUUGACUUGUCUUACAUGGACAGUUCGAGUUAUCAAUUCUACAAGACCAAUGGAAAGCUUCCAAAGGGACGACGAAAGGGU